AUGGACCCCUCCAUGCGCCGCCGACGGCAAGAUCCUGAUGCCAGGGAUCAGGAACAGGAGACUGCCUUGGCUACGGAGGAGACCUCGCCGACAGCGCACCCCUUCUGGUCGGACAAGGCCAAGGCAGAGGUUGAGCUUCAGAAGGCGAGACCUCAAGGGCUUGAUGGGGCCAAGAAGCUUCCCGAGGUUCGAGUAGACGAUGAUGUUCUGGAGCCUGACUAUGAGUUGGGGUCUGGAGGGAAGGGGAAGGGACUUCCUACAGAAGGCUCGGGAAAUGGUGAGACAGGGAGAACUUCAGAUGUGGUUCAGGCUGCCAGUGGACAGGCGACCAACCCUGGUCUAAAGAUGCGUUCUGGGAAACCUGGGCCUAUCAGAGAGGGUGAACCUAUGGACUGGAUGUCUAUGUCUCCCAUGAAGUUUGAGCCAACUCCAAGCCUCUUGAAUGAUGCUACGAAAGUAACGAUUUGGAGUGAUGAAGACCCAGUGGAACUGCGGGAAACGUCUGAUCGAGAGCUGGGAAGACAAGCAGCGCCCAAGCUGGCGAAUGAGGAUCGCCUGGGCAGCUUCCAGGAACUUCAGCAGCUAGCCUUGGGAUUCCGAGAGUUUCCACAACUGUCGGGGAAGGCGUUUCAGAAGAAAGGGUCUAUCCCUCUGUCUCCGGAAGCCCAGAGGUCCCAGAAGAGUUCGGCCUACGAGAUCCCGGAGGGUUAUCCUUUGCCCCCGGUGCCACCUCUGCCUCCUUUCGCUUCUGAGGGGUGGUCUUCCUGGAAUGCUUCGGACCCCCUUCAUUCCACUCACGACCUGGUUUUGGGUCAAGAGCCUCCACGUCAGUCCUCCCUCGAUAUGGAUUUUGGCCCAUCUGUUCACUCCCCGAUGGCUUUUCCCGGGGACAUGGUUCCGUCUAUGGACUUUGGACUUCACUCUUUUACAGGGUUCCGUCUAUGGACUUUGGACUUCAUCCUGCCGCGGGUGCUGGACCUCAGUACUUCGCUCUGUCUCCCCGCCUACAACCCUAACAACCCCACCGCGCUUGGAGAUUGGAUCGCAGUGGUCCAGCCGAUGAUUUCUUCACUGUCAGACACCGGAAGUGUCUGGUGGGGUUAUACAUACCAGGCGGCCAACCAGGCCUACGUGCGGUGGCUCUCCACUUCCCCGCUUGAAAGGCUGUCGAUCCAGAAGGAGUUUGAUCAGGUAAAUUUGGUGCAGCCCCAGCAUGCCUUGCUGGAACAGCGAUGCGUGACCUUGAUUCUUCAGGCAAUCCCGGAUGCUGUGAGGGUUGACAUUGUCGCCUCACGCCACCUGAGUGUGGCAGGAAUGAUCUUUCGUCUGAUGACGGUGUUUCAGCCCGGGGGAGCGUCAGAACGAUCAACCAUGUUGCGUUUUUUGGUGACGCCGAAGGCUGCUUCCACUUUGUCGGAGGCUGCAAAGCUGCUGAGGCAGUGGACCCAAUGGCGUAUGCGCCUGAAGCAACUGCACGCAGCAGAGCCUGACACCACGCUUCUGGUUAAGGGUUUAGAUGUCCUGACAGGAAAGGUGUUGCAGAAGCACUCCGCGAGCCUUUUCCGACUUGCCACUUUCCGUGAGCGGCUUGGGGUUGACUACCAGCCGACCUCCGACGCUGUGUCGGAGUUGCGUCGAAUGAUGCAGGCGGAGGUGGAGCACCUGAUGCACUCCACAGAUGACAAUCCUGUGAAGGAUGAGGUUCCGGGCCGAGGGGAUGAUGCUAAGAAGCAGCGCUUGCAGCGCUUGCAGACGUCUCCAAGUACCCCGAAGGCCAAGACUUCUCCAGCGGGACCCAAGUCGCCGGGUGCAGGCAUGAAACCUUGCAGAAGCUGGCUAACGGCUGGCGGUUGCACGUACGGGUCGUCCUGUCAGUUCUACCACGACCAGGAUGAAGAAAAGAUGCGGGGCCGAUGCUUCUGUUGCAGUGCCGAAGAUCACUGGGCGGACUCAUGCCCGGUGAAAGCCAGGUUAAAGGCGGAGGCUAAGGCUGCCAAUGAGGCAGAGGCUGCAGCUCCGAGUCAGGGGGAUGGCAAUGCAGCCAUCAAUGCAGAAAUCUUGAGUGUGCUAAGGUCGAUCAAGACCAAGGCCUUGCGGCUUAGUGCUGUGAGCAACCCGACGGGCUACGGCUUGUUGGAUAGCGGGGCCUCCGCUUCUCUCCGCCAGGCAUCGCCUCAGGAAAUCCAGGAGUCCCGCCCGGUGAGCGUGUCUCUCGCGGUCGGCGAGGCUCUGAUGCAUGUGAACUCCGCCGGGACUUUGUUGGUCAGGGAGUCAGUGCAGCCAAUCUUGCCGAUGCAUGCGUUGCCGCUUUUGGGCUGUGAGAUCAACUGGACUGACAGGGGCAUUCACGUGCGGCAUCCAGGUCUCGGGAUCCUCCCGGUGAGACUCAAGGAUGGCACUCCUGAGUUGCCAGAGUUUCUGGUGCUUCGCCUGAUUGGCGAGUAUGAGCGCUUCCUCUUGCGCCGUGAGACCUCAAGGGCCGUAUCGCAACAGCUUUGGCAGCGAUCAGUUGGCCAGGAGGAGGUUGGGCUUUCGUCCCUAAGGGAGUGGGUUGCAGCCCAUGUGGCGGCAGAUUCGUGCAGCGAAAGUGAGCUGCAGCUGAUCGUUAAGACCCUCUUUCCUGGGCUCCCAGAAAGGUUAGCGUCUCAGGUUGCGGUGAGUCCCACCUUUGAUCCCUCCUGCGUUCCUUUCAACCGCCGGACCAGGAGACAGCUGUUUGACCCUCAGGUCCCAACCUUGGUGCAUCUGUUUGCUGGAAAGCAGCGGUGGCGACAUUCUGUCGGCCAAGUGCUUGAGGUUGAUAUCUCCAGGGGAUCGGACCUUCUUUCUGAUGAUGUGUUUGGCAUGCUGCUGCGGGCAGCCACCCUGGGUGUCAUCGAUGGGGUCGUAUGUGGCCCGCCAAGCAGGACCUUCAAUCCUGAAGCCCUGGCGUCCUCCUCUAAUGGCUUGAAGUUCCGAGGGGAAGAGGGGGAUGAUAGGUUUGGGUUUUCAGACCUCAGCCCGUCCGAUCGUGCUUUGGUUGAUCGGGACACCCUGUUGUUCCUCCGGUCUCUGCUGUUGACCUUUGUGGCCUCGUGUGCCAAGGAGAAGUUCUUCAACUGCUUGGAAAUGCCUGAGACUUCCACUGCGUGGGAAUGGCCCGAGUAUGAGAAUGUUUCUGUGUGUCUGGGGGGAUGGACCGCCAGCUUCGACCAGGGCACUCUUGGCCAUCCCUGCUCUAAGGCCACUGCCGUGUAUACCAGCAGCUUUCAGCUGUAUGAGUCUCUUCAUGAGCUGAAGCUUCCUCCAGAGGUGAUUGAAGCCCCGGCUUCUAACUUCUACGGCAAGGAAUGGGCUCCCGGGCUUGUUAGCCGGGUUCUGCGGGCCUGGGAUGACUACUGCUGUGUCAGCUUUGAGCGCUUGCAGGCUCACACCCGUGAGCGGGAAGGACUCCUUCUCAACUUGUGCCAGGAAGCCACUGUGGCGAAGAUGUCACCCGAGGUUUGGGAAAGGCACUGCCAAGCAGAUCAUUUGCCGUAUCGCAAUGAUUGCCCAAUUUGCAUUCAAGGAGCUUCCCGCGAUCGCUCCCACUUCACGAAGCAUCCGCAUCUGUUUGAGCUCUCCAGUGAUGUUGCGGGUCCGUACCACAAGGGCCGGGACUUUGGAGGAGCGUGCAGGUAUUUUGUGAUUUUCACAAUAAGGGUGCCAGUCAAAAGUGAUAAGAAGGAGUGGCGGGAUAAGUCUUCUGAAAUAGCUUUCCAAGAAAAGGUUGAUGAGGCUAAGGCCCAGGAUAAGGAGGAUCCCCAUGCAAGCUUGAUCUACCAGCCGGUGCAUGUUACCGGAGAGCCCUUAAGGGGGGAUGCUGAGCAGCCUUCUCGGGUUAAGGUGUACACAAAGCUUGGGGAUGACUUCCUUGAAGAGCCAAGCUCGGCCGUUGGGGUUUCUUCCACGCCGGGGGAGGAUGAUGACUCAGCUCUUCCUGUGAGCUUUGAGGUUAAAUCUCCUCACAAGCCUCCGCCGCUUCAGCCUGAGGGCAGUGACUCUGAUGAUGGUCAAGAGUUUGUGACUUUGGUGUGGGCUGAACCGCUGAAGACCCGCCAGUCCUUCAAUGUGCAGCUUGCAAUCAUGCGUGCUGUUGCCCGCCUCCGAGCGUUUGGCAUUCCGUGCUUUCGCUUCCAUAGCGACAGGGCUCGGGAAUACUUGAGUGAUUCGCUCGAAAGGUUUCUAGCCGAGCAGGGCAUUCACUCCACAAGGACAGCCCCUGAGGACCAUCCCUCAAACGGCGCCGCUGAGGUCGCGAUUCGAGAAGUCAAGCGAGCGGCCCGCAGAGCUCUUCUUUCGGCGAAUCUGCCUUCGUGCCACUGGCCCACGGCAGUGAGACAUGCCGGAGAAGUGAUGUGGCGUAAGGGCCUUGUUCGUUUGGGUGGUGCGGCCAGGUCUUUGCUGGCUUACGGCACGCCUGUUGAGGCUCGCAAGCGCCUUCGCCACAGGGAUGUUUGGAUGUCCCGAACUCGGUCUGGAGUCCUGAUUGGCCCGGCUCCGCAGACCUUGUCUUCGUACCUUGUGCUGUUUGAGGAUGACACGGUGUGCAUUACGUCGGCGGUGUAUCCUGUUGAUUACCGGCCGCGCCCUCCGUCUGAGCCUGCUGAGCCUCCUCUUAGGCCGAAGCCCUUGUCGGGUUCCAGCACAGGUGCGUUUUUGCCGACGCCCCACUACCGUCACGGCUCCAAGGGCCCUUCUGUUCGGGUCACGUUGCAAGGCCCUUCUCUUCCUGCUGCGGGGGGGAUGAGUGCCAUAGCAGAUUUUUCGGAUUUUUACGGUUCGGGCGAAUUUUCCCGUCGGAGUUUUUCUGAGUCUGAGGAUUCCUUGAAAGCUGGUUCGGAUGGGCCGGUUGACUUCUUGUCAGAUUCGUCUGACUACCCACAGACAGCUGGGAUGCCGGAAGUUCCCCAGCAGGAGUUCUCGACCUUGCAAGGUGUCUGUGAAGAUCCAGCUGCGUCUGAUGAGGUUUUUUCUUCUGAGGAUAGAAGGGAAUCCGGAGAGGACUCAUGUUCAGAGAGCCCGGGGGAGAUUGCAGAAACCCGUGAAGCGGAUGACGCUCCGGGAAUGCCGCCUACCAAUUUGGGCGAGGGUUCAAGAGGCCCGGGGGAGCCUUGUGGGCAUCGGGUUCUAAGGUUUGUGGGUCCGAACCCACAGCGUAUGCCUGAGGCCAAUCCAGCCCCUGGUGGCAGAAAUGUGCAAGGCAUCAACCACCGCGUGCUUCAGGUCUCCUUUGCCUACAUGUCUCCUGAGCAGUGGGCAGCGGUGUGUUAUCUUGAAGAGGAGGAAUUUGAACGUCAGAUGUCGGACCUUACCCGCUUCUUGGAUCCUGGUGAUCCUGUUGAUGGGGAUACUGAAAUCCCCUUCCUCCUUCUUCGGGGUACCUUGAGAAAUCACCGCUGGGAUCGCUAUCCCACCAUGGAAUAUCAAGAUGCCGAUGGCCGCCGGGCCCCAUUGUUUGAGGUUCUUCAGCACCAUGAUGAUGAUGGCUGGUAUGCCGAUGAUAGCGCAUUUGGGGAUAGGCUAGUUGCCUUCACCAUAAGGGACUUUCGGACCUAUGAGAUUCGGGUUGUAGUCUUGCGACUCUUUGAACAGGAGCCCCCCAGUCCCUUAGCUGUGCCUGGUCCCAUUGACCCGCCUCAUAUUCGGGCAUUCCGAGUGAAGGACGAGGCCUCCAGUGCCUCAGGGUCCUACAGCGCUUCAUCUAGCCAAGGCUAUCCGCCACCAAUGCUUGCUGAGACCUCGAGUGCUGCCGACCGUCCCGGCCAAGGCUACUCGUCACCCAUGCCUGCUGAAGCUCCUGCGGUCCCAGACCCGUCUGGUUCGGUGUCCAGCUUUUCUUCAGGAUCGCUGGAUGUGUCAGCAACGGGCCCGGUGUCUUCUAGUUCUGGGAACACCUCCACUGUGGAUACUUACUCCACCCUGCAAUCUAGCAUCGCUGAAUGGACCAUUGAUCCUCCCAGCAAUCCUUUAUGCCACAUGCUCCAGUCAGGUGCACCGCUGAGCCCUUACAUCAUUCAGAUUGGGCUGCAGGGCUGUGUGGAAGUUCUUGAGAAUGAUGAUGAUCUUGAAAAAACGUUGCAUUAUGCAAUUCGGGGUUUCCAGUCCGAGCAACGAGGAGGCCGUAUGCUUCCCAACGCUCUUGAGCCUAAGGUUGGCUGGAUUGUGGUUGGAGCUAUGAUAGCCCGUUGGUUAGAGGAUAAUCCUGAAAGUGCGGGUGGCUAUGAUGUGCGUAUGAUUUGGGAUCACCGGCAUACCAAUGCUCCUGUGCCCUAUGUGUUUGGGUAUCAGCCCGGUGGCUUGAAUGAUCAGAACACUGAGUACGAGCUUGACCUCCUUGGCGUCGUAGAAACCGAAAGGGUCGUCGACUUUGAAGACGAACCCAAUCGUCGCGCCUACCUUUACCGGGCCAUCCGAUAUGGUCAACCUCCUCAGUGGUUUCUGAUCGAAAGUAACAUGAUAUGGCAAGAUCGGUUCCGCUCUUCUGAAGAGACCGGUCGCAACCCAGUUCCCAAUCCCCAAGGGCCUCCGCCCUUUGAGAACAGGAGAGAUCGUUCUCCGCGUCGGGACCCUGAUGCUGGGCCUGCCUUUCGUGUUGCUCGGCUCUUCUCUAACUCUGGCGGUUCCCCGUCGGCAACAGAAGCGUUCUCUCCGUGUGAGACCUUCUGCAAGCAGGUGCUUCUUGAAGGAAACUCCGUUUCCACGGGUCAGCUUGCAAAUGCUAUCCGUUUGUACGUUCAAGAUAAGAAAGCGAUCAAUCGGAUCGCGAAGCGCCCUCUUGCCGGGAACCAGAAAGAUGAAGCUUCAGGAGCAACGCUCCCUCCUUGGUUCUGGUCUUCCGGGGCUUGGGUUUUCAGUGCUAAGGUUGGAAUCACCAAUACGGUGCAUGAGUGCCCGUGGCUCACUCGCCUUCUUGCUGUGAGCCUCUUCCACCGCACUGGGCAUUGCUUUGCCUCCGUUGGCUUUGUCGUCAACAUUGAGUCAGAGAUUCAUCGGGACUCUCACAAUUCCCUUGAGUCAAUGAAUGUGGUUUGGAAUGUCGGGCAAGGCUCAGGUUCUCUUGAGGUCCGGGGCCAUGAGAUGCCUCUUCCGCCAAAUGCCUGGCUUAGUUUCCCCCCGCGUGAUCUCCAUAAGUCUGGAAGUUGGGAAGGAGACAAAAUCCUGGUUUUGGGCUACACCCCUAGAUCUCUUGAAAAGUUAACUUCUUCGGAUCUUCUAAGCUUGAGAUGGGUGAAUAUGCCAAUCCAGGACCUUGAGCCUCUGUCGUCGUCUUCCGUCAUCGGAGAACCCUCUCCUGGAGACGGUGUGUCGAAAUCGCUUCCAGAUGAGUGUGACUCAGGUGAAGAGGAAGCAGACCUCCCGGCAGAGGAAUCGUGGAGUCAGGUGACUCAGGGAUAUGAGCAAAUGCACCAAGCAGUGACGCAUUUCUUGAAGUCACUGCAACGAUCUGUUGUGGGCGCUUCUUCUGAAGGCCCAGUUGACCCUAUCACCUUGCAGGCGAUGCGCGAAGCCUCCUCCCUUCGAAAUGAGUUGGGCUGGCAUCUAGAACUUGCGCGCCUGUAUGGCUGCGAUGAGCCUGUCAGUUCCUCCUCGUGGAGGGUGUGUGCCGCUGCCCCUGCAGCAGAACAUCUUGAGUCUCAGCCCUUGCUGCAUACCCGCAUCGUCUCGAAUGAGGAAGUCCGUGAGAAACUGCAUGAAUGGCGGGAUGCCAUGAAAGCAGAGUGCGAUUCCUUGGUUUCGAAGGGUGCUGUUGAGCUUGUGGCAGAUAGUCAAGUUGAAAAAUGGAUUUUAGAUGGUGAAGAUGUAGAGAUCCUCCCCGGCCGGGGUGUUGCCACUGAAAAGCCCCCAGUAGCUCCCGGAUCCACUAAGAGAAAUAAGUAUAGAGCUGUAACUUGCGGCAAUUUUCAAAAGUGGUCCGAGGAAAGGGCGGCAGAGUCCUUCUAUGCCGGAGGAGCGGAUUCUCUUUCGAUCCGCACUGCCUUGAGAUGGGCGGGCAUGAGGAAGCACGGUGGUUCAGGAACUGAUGUCAAGACUGCCUUCCUCAACGCUCCUCUUGAUGAGCAGGAGGCAGAGUAUCUGAUCUGCAAUCCACCUAAGGUGCUGUAUGCCGCGGGAGUUAUCCCGAGGGGCUACAAGUGGAGAGUCCACGGUGCUCUUUAUGGACUCCAGACCUCCCCUCGUGCUUGGUCCCGCCUCCGGGACAAAACCUGCAGAGUCCUGACCUGGACCGUUGAUGGCGAGAACCGCCACUUGCAACAGUGCGUUGCGGACCCCAACAUUUGGCUCGUCAAGUCCCCUUGCGGCGAGACUGUUGCCUUGAUGUGUUGGUAUGUCGAUGACCUCCUAGUGUUGGGACCCUGGUCGGAGCGAUCUGCUCUUCUUGAAAAAAUCAAGGCCACAUGGGAGUGCAGCGCAUUUACGCAUACUGAAGAUGGCCCAGUUGAAUAUUGCGGUCUUGAGAUUUCGGAGUCUGCUGAUGGUCUCUUGAUUGGGCAGACCAAGUACAUCAAGGAACUCUUGAAGAGGCACAACGUGCAGGGGAGUGCCAAGUCUCCAUGUGCCGCGUGGUCAGCCAACUUCGAUGAUGGCGAAAGCCGUGAUGACCCGGUUGAUCCGGAAGCGGUUAAGGCCGCUCAAAGCAUAACUGGUGAGCUACUGUGGCUCUCAGUUCGAGCGCGCCCCGAGCUGUCUUUUCCAGUCAGCCGCAUGGCACAGUUGACCACCAAGAGGCCAAAGGAUGCGCUAAGCAUUGGGCAGGGAGUGUUGCGUUUCUUGAAUUCUUCACCCUACCAGUGCAUUGUGUAUGGCCCUCCUCCUGGAGACUGCGGGGCCUCUCAACAGUAUCCGAGGCCCGUCGUUGAAACGACGUUGCAUGCUUUUGCAGACGCCUCUUUUGGGCCAAGUUCAGGCAGAUCCCACCAGGGUCUGCUAGUGUGCUGGGCUGGAGCUCCGCUCCACUGGGAAUCUGGCCGCCAGACGCUGACUGCUCUGUCAACCGCUGAGAGCGAGCUGAUCAGCUACGUCUGUGUUGUGCAAGCAGCUGAAGCUGUUGAGGCCUUGAUUGGGGAGAUCUUUCCAGAGACUACGCUCCUCUUCCUCCUGUUCUUCCAGCUGCUCCUGCAGCUACAUACCGUCACCCAAUUGACCUGGUGA